AUGAAGUCACUGAGAGCACAGCUCCUUGCCGUUUUUCUUAUCACCAUUGUGACCCAGAUUGUGGCCGAUUUUGACGAACGACAAUGCUUCUUGCGACAGAACAGGACGUGUUAUCAGUAUUCAAUCACAAGAAGGCAAAGUAUGAUGUGCUCUGUAACUGGCAGGAUAUUCAAACAGUGCCAGCAGAUCUGCAAUGCGGGAAAUUGCAGUCUCACCUGCUCUUCGCCAGAGACGUGCAAGCAGCAAUGUUUUGCAAGCCUCUGCGAGUCUUUAAGCUGCAAUGCAAAGACCUGCGAUCAGUAUUGUAUACGUGGGCGUUGUAAUAUGAUUUGUACUUCCGAAGAAUGCAGGCAGACGUGUGAUGUCAGUGGAUGUGAGAUGAAGUGUCCCGAGAAUGCCAAGCGCUGUAUACAAAAAUGCAGUCGAGGAAACUGUAAGAUGCAUUGUCCCGCAGGAGUGCAAUAUUGUCAGCAGAUAUGCGAAUUGGGAAGAUGUACAAUGUUCUGUGAUGGAAAAGAAUGUGCUCGCAUAUGUCGGAAAAGCAACUGCAUUUACAGUGCUCAACCUGAAAAUGUAACUGCGUUGGUUGUGGAAUCAACCUGCAAUCGAGCUGUAGCUCACAAAGAGAACAUAUGCUAUCAAAACUGUAUCAAGGGAGACUGUGCGCUGGAAACCGUGAAGAACUAUUCCAUGCAGAGUCAGGGAUGCUACGGAGGAAAUUGUAACAUGAGCUGCAGUGCAAAGGAAAAGUGCAGCCAAGUUUGCGUAGGAAGAAAAUGUCAGCUCAUCACCUGCACGUCAGACGUUUGUAUCCAAGAAUGUGUUGCUGGCGGCUGUCACAUGGAAUGUUAUUCAAGGAUCUGCACCCAGAUUUGUAGAGGAGGAAAUUGCAAGAUGGGCUGCUUAUCUUCGUACUCAAAACUCUGUUACCAGACCUGUGUUGGAGGUGGUUGUGUAACAUCGUGUGAAGGUGAAAAUUGUAACCCCAGAUGCUUUGGCGGGAAAUGCAGACAUUCAGUGUAUCAGCCUCCAGGUAUAACGACAAAAGCAACUUGCGACAAGAUUUCGGAUGACACUUGCGUCCAAACGUGCAGAUCAAAAACUGGUUGUGCGUUGGCGAACAGGCCGUCCAACCCAGUACAAAUUUCUAAUCAGACUUGCACGAAUGGUUUUUGUUUUCUGAACUGCACUGGGUCAGAUAUUUGUAAUCAGAAGUGCUCUGGUAAGAAGUGCUACACGGUCUCAUGCAAUGCAAGAGAGUGCGUGCAAGUUUGCAACGGAGAGGAUUGCGGUUUGAUCGAAUGUGAUGCAGACACUUGCACGCAGACGUGCUUUGGUUGGGGGUGCCACCUUAAGUGCCAUCCGUCUGUCCAGGUCUGUAACCAGAUUUGCUUAGCCGAGAAAGGAAGAUGCUUUCAAGAGUGUUGGGCACAAGAAUGUACCUUGACCUUGCUGUAA